AUGCCGGCACUGCGCCUUCCGUUGCGCCUUCCGUUGCGCAGGGAAGGGAAGAAGAAGGCGGAGGAGAUGGCAAUUGAGGUGUGUGCGGGUGGAGCGAAGAAGCAGUGCAUCGAAGACAUCUACGGGGAAGGGGCGUCGUGUGCGAAGGAAUCGGCAGACAACGCCAUCUGCCUCAUGUGGGCGGCACUUCACCUCCCGGAGCAUCUCGCCGAUCACCCUCUCUGGCGCAACGCUGUGCGCUGCAUCACGGACGCGGGCCAUGGCUACGUUCCCCCGAAGCGGCGGUAUGUUGGUGGCGUCGGCCUUGCGCGCUGCCGCGAAAAGAUCGAGAGGGGGCUCGCUCCCAUCACUGCGAGCUGGAAGCGGGAUGGCAUGACGUUAGGCUCGGACAUGAUGACGGACAAAAGUGGUCGUCCCCAAGCCAACAUCCUGCUCAUCAACAAUUCCGGUGCAGUGUUCACCGAAAGCAUCGACUGUAAGUUGGAGACGAAGACGGGAGGUUACAUUGCAUCCGUUUUGCGGCCGAUCAUUGAGAAGGUGGGGCCCGCCAACAUAGUUGCGUUAUGCAUGGAUGGGGGCAGCAAUUAUGCGGCUGCAUGUAGGGAACUCAUGCUUGAGUAUCCUCACAUUGAGCAUGUGCCGUGCGCUACUCACGUCAUGGAUCUGCUCAUGGAGGACAUUGGGAAAAUGGAUUGGGCGAAGGACAUUAUGGCUAAGGCGGGGGUGAUUAUUACCUUUGUGCGUGCCCACCAUUUCACCAAAGGUUACAUGCGAAGCCCGCAGGUGAAGGGAGGGAAGGGAAAGCAGGUGCUGAAGCCGGCGGGCACCAGAUUUGGCACGCAAUUCAUCGCGGCUUGGGCGAAGGGGAGGAAGCCGCCGGUCGUACCCUUCGCAACCAUGAUCAUGGAUGCCGUGUGGUGGAAAGGUGCGGAGUUCUUUGUCGCCCUCCUGAAGAUCCCCUUUGUUGUCAUGCACAAGACCGACUCGACGGCCAAGGGCAUAAUGUGCAGGAUGUACGAUCUGAUGCUGCAGCUCACAGAAGACAUCAAUGCGAAGCUAGAGGAGGAGGAGGCGGGAUUGGUGCUGUCCAGCAGUGAACGCACGGAGGGGGCUGAGUGGGUGACGGUUCUCCCGGGGAACAUCCCUGAGGCCUCCCUGCCGGAAGGGUACAACGAGGUUCUGGAGGAGGAUGAGGAGGAGGGGGAGGAGGAUGAGCAGGAGGAUGAGUACAAGUAG